UAUCGAUUGCUCCUACUCUGGCGACAAGCACCGUCCCAUCAAAGCGCGCGGCAUCGGCACGUCAUCUUUUCUGCACUCGAAAGAGAACUGGCCGGCCUUACUGACAGAAACCGACCCUCACGUGACACGUGUGUCUGCACAGGUUAUAGAUUUCCCAGUUGACGCUGCAGCGAGUGUUCCCGUCAGGACAAGUAAAUCUCCGUACUCAAGUCUUGGGCUGUGUGACGCCGCCACCGCCACCGCCCCUGUGUGAUGCAGUGCCAGAACCUUUGAGCUCCGAGCUGUGUGGUGGUGGGUGGGGAGGAAUGUGGGUGGGAUAGUACCGCGUACAUCCGAUACAGCGGCUAGGAAACACAGAACAGAGCGGGGCAAAGAGACAGCACAAAACCUUUAGCUGCAGUUCGCCGGGUGCCCAGGAUGACAACAACGCGAACAGCGACAACAAUUCUUCCGCUAGAGCUGGGCGACAUAUCCGAUGAGCGCAGGGAGCAGCUGGAGCUUCGGAGGCGACGAGAGAUGGCUCGGCAGCAGGAGUCCCGGUCGGGCACCGGCAAUUUUCGAUGGUCGCCCAUUGCCAUGAUCCCGGCGCACCUCUGCGUACUGGUGUUUCUGGUCUUUCUGCUGGAGAAACUCGAGGGGGGUAUUAAUUGGCCUUGGGCCGCGGUGCUGUCGCCGCUAUGGAUAACGGACGCUGUGUUUAUCGUCAUCAAGUCCAAGGAGCUCCGCAAAAUCUUGAGGACGACGGUGCACGUACCGAGCGAAACUUACGCUCUCUUUCCGCCGCUGGGAGGGAUAAUUGACCACCUUGGUGUUGCUGCCGCGAAGGUCACCCUUGCUUAUCGCCUGGAGGGCAAGGUGGACUGGUCGCUGCUGCUGCUCUUCACGCCCAUGUGGGCGUGCGUUUUGCUAGCAGGGACGCUGCGAUGCAUCACCCCGACCCACCCCCAGGUGAUGGCCGAGCACGCUUCCCUUCACCGUGCGGGGGCGGCUUUCACCGGCCUCUUUCACCUUGUUGCUCGAGGAGCACAACCGGUGUUGAUCGUGCUGAAGGUGGACGGGCAGUUGGAAGGCCCGUGGUCAUCCGUGUUCAUUCCGCUGUGGAUGUUCAUGGGGGCCAUCGCGCUGGGGGGCUCCGCGCUGUGCUGCUGUGCUUCUACGGUGUCCCGGGGGGUUAUUCCCGAGAUCAGGCCACUACUGAUACGGGGGAUGUUGCUGUGCAGCGUGGGGACGUUCAGCCUGGCUUUCUGCGCCCUGCUGUUUUUGGUGUUCUUGACGCUCGAGCUAGACAACAACGAGAACUUCUCUCCGAGGACGAUCUUGGCCCCGCUCAUUGCGCUUUACGCGCUCAUCUUGGUGUUCCUGCCGCUGCUGCUGCUGGUCACGCGGCACUACGCUAGGACAAUGCGUACCGCCGAAGAGCAAUUCCGGCAAGCGAACGACCCGAACGGCGGCGGCGGUGGAAUGGACGCGAGUUCCACCUCGUUUGGAGGCGUCGACGAUGUCGAGGCGGGGAGAGGGGUCAGGGGCAGCCCGCCCAUUGGUGGAACGGAGGAGGAGGAAGGGGCGGGGACGGGGCCGGAGGGGGGUAGGCGACGACGACGGAGGGGGUCCUCGGUGAUGGCUCCCACGAUUCUCAUGCGAGAGAGCUCCAUGCUGUUUCGGAGGGCGUCGGCGUCGUUUUGCCGCCGCCUGGGGGAAGCGGACGGGUCGCUGAUGAACCCCGAUGUUACGGCCUUUGAGUUAGCGGACUGGGGUAUUAGAGGCGGUCGCUCUAGGUCCCGCGACUCCGACAUCGCCGCUCUGGACGACGGAGGCGGGAGCGACGAGAGGGGGGAGAGGGUGCCGCAGCGUUCAUCGAGGAGUUUCCAUGUCCUGCAGGACUGUUUCCCGCGCGCUAGAGGGGCGGUGCGGAGGGGGGGGCAGAGGUUUACGGCUGCUGGUCACGAGAUGUUUUCGGUCUCGUCGGGACGGCAGCUAGCGGGCGCCGAAAAGGAGGGGUCGCCGAGGUCCCGAGGGGAGGACGAGGCUACAUCUAAGGGUACUCCCGAGGACGACCGCCAUGACCAGUGCCUGCUACCUGGAGACUCUGGCACCCACUCCGUCACUGACAGUUACGACCUGAACAGCUUCGGCAGCUUCGUCGACUCUGACGAAGAUAGCCACGAGGUGGGACUAUCGAUCGAUGGUGACGAGGAAGACGAACCCAGGGACGGCGGCGGCGGCGCAAUAGACGGCUCUUCCCUGCACCAGCCGUUGCCCGCGACAACCACGGAGCCCCCCGAAAUCCUCCUAGGGUUCGGAAGCGCUCACGGAGCCGCGGCCUUCUCUCUCCACGGGGGGAGCGGCAGCGGCCACGGCCUUUGCCACGGGUCUGCGGCGGCGGCGGCGGCGGGGGCCGGGGCGGGGGCAGGCGUUGGCGGUCUGGCGAAAUCCCGACAUAGAUGGAGCGCGGAGCGCGGCACCAGUACAAGACGGGGGGCGGGUUCAACCCUUCACGGCGGCGCCGGCGGCAUGCCGAGGAGGUUAAGCUGGCCCGGGGAGUUGUCGCUGGCGUCGGAGGGCGGGGACGGAGUAGAUGUUGCCGCCGUGAUGGCGAGCGACGCAGAGGCAGAACGCGGCGGGGUGGCGACCGGCGGUAGUUCCGGCCCCCUCGCGGCGGCGGCGGCGGCGGCGCCGUCGUCGCGCCGAAAGCACUCGACGUGCUACAUCUGCUGCGAGCGGAGGGCGGACGCCGUGGUGAUGGAGUGUGGCCACGGAGGCGUGUGCUUCACGUGCGCUACUACACUCGCGGACUCGCCCCCGCACCUCUGCCCAGUCUGCCGGAAGGUGAUCCAGGAGGUCUUCAAGCUCCACGACAUACGGGAGUUUGGCGGAGUCGUGGUUGUGCCGCCCGCUAGCGGAGGAGAGGUAGCGGCGGCGGCGGCGGCGGCGGCGGUGGCGCCAAGAAGAGGGGGCAUCGGGGGGGAGCUGAAGGGGCCAGCAAGAGAUGGCGACCCGCCGCCGGUCCCAAACGUGGCAGUCGGCGCCGCCGGGCUGUUGACCCCUUCUACUUCGGUCCCCGCCCCUCCCUCCGCCUCCUCCUCUUCGAUGCCAGUAUCGGGCGGCGUUUUCGUCCAGCGGAGUGGAGACGCCACCGCCGGGGUAGCGGCGGCGACGGCAAGGCGGGGUUUCUCCCCUUCGGGCCCCGUCUCGUCGCCGGAGUCCGGGCCGCGAAAUAGCUUAGAGGCGCAGGGAAUGUGCGACGAAAGCAACUGGUUAGACCCAGUGUGAAGCGUUAGGGCGCACACCAUAAGGCCUGGCGGCAGCAGGUAGGUUCGCGCGGGCGGUUUCAACUCCACUCUCAAGUCUCGUGAACGUGAGUAGGCGCUUGACGUCCGGCGUGGAUUGUGUUUUUCGCGGAGGGUUACCGGCUGCUGCAAGUUGACACCAGCGCGCAGGGUUUUUGCGGACGUGAAUCGUUCUUCUGAAGGCGUAGCGAGAGGGCAGGGAGACAGCAGCGGUCCAAAACUUGUUCGCACGUCACUGUUGCCCUCUGUGUGGCUGGCUGCCUCGUCGUGAAGUGCGUGUUUGUGUGCCGAAAGCACCCGGAUGUUGCCGAGGCGUCUUUGCGCGGAACCGUUACUCGUCAUGUCGACGAGUACUAGAAAGGAGUUCUGUGAGGUCUGCUUGGGGGACGGGGGGCGGGGGUCGUGAUGUAGAGAAUUUGGGGUCUGGUAGUGUGGACUCCUGAUGCCGUGUUAGUCUCGUCUUCUUGUUUUUUUUUUGCAGCAAUCUUUCCGCUGUGUUGUAUUCUUAACCGGCGCGAUUGUAGAGAGAAACCUUGCCAUGCGGCUGAUCGCGGCGUGUGUUUUCUAUACCCCGAGCGUAGUGUCUGGCAUCUGGGUAGGCGGUUAUUGUAGGCGGUCGCCGCCGCCGGUGCUUGGUAGCUCUUUGGAACCAGAGUGAACGAAAUCGUGUUUGCAGGAGCACAUGGCACUUCCUUCGCCCGCCUACCAGAAUGAUCAGGAGCCUACGAGAAUGGUCAAGAGGUCAUGACCCUGGUGUUUGAUUGUAAGGAGGGGGUGUGCCAGUUGAACGCGCGCUGUAGUCCCCCCCCCCCGUCAUCCUUGGCAUGGCUUUUGACGCCCAACAUCAUCGUAGGGGGAGCACGCGGACGCUCUUGAUUGUUGGUUGUCGAGUGGUCCUACGGUCGAAGUGGGGUCGGACGUGGAAAAGUCGUAUUUAAGUUUUGAAAGAAUCAUGACCACAAGUUCAUGGACCACGGCGGCGCCGUUGUUGAUGCCUGAGGUGGACAGCAAGUUUGACCGAGUGUUUUUUAUGCACGAAUGUAGUUUUGAGCAAUAGAUAGCUCUUGUGCGGAAUGAGAGCACGAUUUAGGCGACGUGCCCAAAGAGACAGGGGGUACGGAGGGCUGGCAUUGUAAAGUGACCCCCCCUGCCGAUUGAAUGUUGUUAGUAUGUGUUUUCCUCACGUUUCUCAGAUGCGCAGGAGGAACCAGCCGUGGAAUUAUAAAAUUGUGCUCCACAGCUAGCUUCAAUAGUGUCUCGUUGAGAGAAACACGAAAAUUCUGGGCCGUGUUUGUUGGGAGCCACGGGGCUGUUUUUUUUUUUCCGUCACCCCGGAAGGAGCGUCACGGAAGGAGAGGGCAGGUUGGAACAGGAUGCUUGACUUGAUUGAGUCAUGGGGCGAUAUUUUGUUUUUUUUCUCUGUUUACCUCGCUUCGAAGGCAGCACUUUUUUAUACAGUGCAGGUGCUUGUCUGCGAUCGAUCCUGCACCGAAGAUCGCCUAGCAAGAGAAAGAGUCGUCGUUGUCCGCGGCGGGGAUGCUGCUCGCUUGGUUGUGGUGACUGGAGGUCGAGAUGUACUUUUUAUACUUGGUUUGUACACGUUCGUGCGUCGUAUAUGAAGCUUGUGGGUAUAGUCUACUGGUGGAAGUGUCGGCCCGUGCGUGAAAAGCUCUUUGAGCAGGUCUCAGGGCCUUGCAGCGCAGCGUCUCCAACGGUUGAGCGCACAGGCUGCUUGUAUUGCUACGCCUAUCACAUCGAAUAGGAAUUAAUUUCUCACGCCGUUCUUCCUUGUUAUUUGAUCAUAAAAGUGUGAGCCUCGAUUUCUUGUAAGAUUGUUUGUUGUGAAGGCCCCCCGGCACUGCAUCUCUUUUCUUGGUGUUAUCGCGUGUGGCGACUGAAAUUGUCUCUUUGUGGCGGAGAGUAGAGAACACGAGCUGGAUGGUUGAAAUGUGACAACACCAACAACGUUGGGAAGGCUGUUGAAUUAUGUUCCACGUGUUGCGUU